AAGAGGAAAGCACAGAUGCAGAGAUGUUCUCCAAGGGUACAGUCUCAGCCCGUGACUCUUUUGUCUUUAUCCCCUCAGAGGCUGCUCAAGCGAACCAUGCUGCUGCUCUCGACUCCACCAGCUCUGAGAUAAUGCAAUGCCUUACGGUGACCAUCCUUCGAGGAAAGGACGGCUAUGGGUUCACCAUCUGCUCUGACUCACCCGUACGAGUCCAAGCUGUCGAUCCAGGUGGUCCUGCAGAUCUGGCUGGCCUCAGACAGCUGGAUACUGUGCUGCAGUUGAAUGGUCAAUCUGUGGAGCAGUGGAAGUGUGCAGAUCUCGCCCAUGCCAUCAGAAGCAGCACUCGUGAAAUCAAGGUGGUGGUGUGGCGCUCCGGACCCUCCGUGAAAUCCAGCAACGAGGGUCUGAUCCAUCAUUCGUACAAGACCCCCAGCUAUGAGUCUCCCGUCUCUCCUCCCAGACCGAAGCGUACGGAGAAAACGCCACCUGUGCCCCCUCUGCCCGCGCACCUCCGUCACAGGAUACUACUCAACGACUCGGAGGGGGCGAGGGGUGGAGGUGUUGGGAGCACCGGGGUGCCAUGGGGUGACAGGAGAGAGGAGGGCAAAGCAAGCAGCAGGACACACACUCAGACUCUCAGAGGGACACGAGUCAAAGCGUCUAACGGGGACAAUUACAUCAUCCUCUCACCUGUUAACCCAGGAGGCCAGAUCCUGACACAAGUAUAUGGAGACAAUCCUAGUUCUUUGGCUGGAUGGAUGUACUCACCCCCAGGAAAUGCCAGCACGCCCCAGCCCCAUGCCGCGCCCAGCCUGGGAAGCAGAACCAGCUUCCUGCGCCGUUCAGGCAACAAAUCCAAAUCAAGUGCCACGAGCUACCAGCCCAGCUCCAACUUCGCCAACUACCAGAACUGCACCAUUGUCAGAUCUCACGCCAACUACGGGGCCUACGUCAAGGUGGCACCCAAAGUUCUCAUAUUCCCCAUCUUCGUGCAGCCACUUGACCUGUGCAGCCCGACCAGAAUGCUCUUGAUCACCGAGACGAUGAUCCUGCAUGAGAGUAAACACCUCUCCAUCAAGGUGACGAUAUUCAUCUACACAGAUCUGAUGUUAGUGACGAGAGAGGAUGAGCCGGGUCGCUGUAACGUUCUGCAGAAUCCCCUGUUCCUAAAAGAGCUCCGGCUAAAGGAAGAUCACAGUGAUGAGCUUCGCUUCUACCUCAUCCACAUGACUGAGAAGUGUGACUGUCUCCUGAGUUUGGAGGCGUACUCCUUGGAGCAGAAGAUGCGAGUGUGUCAGUGUCUGAGCGAUAACAUUGAAACGCAGCUUCAGCUGGAGUGCAGAGAGACGUUCAGCCCCGCCGAUCAGAUGCUGGAGCCUAAACUGGAUGAACAGUGUGAUCUGGGUGCUCAGUGGCGCCCCUCGGAUGACGAGCACUCGCUCGGGAGCCCGUCUGACGCCCCGGGCACCACAGGCACUUCGGGGAGCACUCCUCUGGACGAGACCAGGCACCUUGUACCUCCUACUCCUCCCCCAUCCACCGAGGGCAGCCUGAGUGACAUCUGGAGGGUGGACAGAGGAGAGGAGGAAGAGGAGGAGAAGAAAACCUCUACAGAAGAAGAAGAAGAAUGCUUACAUGUGCAUGGCGCUGAACUCGAGGAAGCCGAGGAGAAGAACGGGAAAGACGAGGAUUACGACACCAACCCUCCGGCCUCCUCUUCCUCCUCGUCCUUUAUCAUCCCUGAGUUACGCCUGGACCGCUCUUUCAGCGCCGACGCCCUGUCCUCGACCGGCACUGACGACGAAGACGAGGACGAGGAUGAAGACGAGGAUGAGGACGAAGAUGAGGAAGACAGCGAUGAUAACUAUUUGGAGCCCACUAAGAGGAGGAGCAUGGUGGAGUCGGGCUCGUGCGAGAAGCACGGCGGAGGAGGUCUGAGCGUACAGAACUCGCUGCGCAGACGGACGCACAGCGAGGGAAGCCUCCUGCAGGACCCGCGGACCACCUGCUUCACCUCUGAUAACGCCAUCAACCGCCUGGAGGUCUCCACCGCUAGCAAGGGGGGCUGGACGCUGCCCUCGCCCAAAACCCUGAAGAAGGAGUUGACCAAGAACGGAGGCUCUAUGCACCAACUCUGCUUGCUGUUCUCCGGAAGGAAGCUCAGCGCCGGAUCAGAGUGCAGCUGUGACGUCAGCCCUGACGGAACCAAGAAGAAGAAGUCCAAAAACCUGGCCAAAGACAUGAAGAACCGACUGGCGUUCCUGAGGAGAAGGAAUGAAUCCCCUGGAAGCAGUCCGGCUGGCAAGCUGGACAAGGCUAUGAAGUCAGUCAAGCCCACGCCGGAGGAGGCGCUGAAGUGGGGAGAAUCCCUCGACAAGCUGCUCGUCCAUAAAUAUGGCCUGGCGGCGUUCAGAGCGUUCCUGCGCACCGAGUUCAGUGAAGAGAAUCUGGAAUUCUGGCUGGCGUGCGAGGAUUACAAGAAGAUCAAGUCGCAGUCUAAGAUGGCCUCCAAGGCUAAGAAGAUCUUCGCGGAGUACAUCGCUAUUCAGUCUUGCAAAGAGGUGAACCUUGACUCGUACACCCGGGAGCACACCAAGGAGAACCUCCAGAACGUCACGCGUUCCUGUUUCGACCUGGCCCAGCGGCGGAUAUACGGCUUGAUGGAGAAGGACUCGUAUCCGCGGUUCCUGCGCUCGGAACUCUACCUGGACUUAGUGAACCAAAAGAAAGCCAGCGCCACGUCUACGGCGUCCUCGUCGUAAAAAAAAAAAGGAAACCGCGGCGCAGAGACGCUUGACGUGAAAAACAGGGGGAAAAAAUGUCAAAACCUAACUUAUAGCAUUGUGGACACUUUUGUUCUCAUUCGCCAUCCUGUCCUAUGAUGAGAAAGGUGACGAUCAGGACGGAGAGACGCGCCUGAGAAAAGGAGGAGAAGUUCCGGAGUUCGGAUCCGGAGACGGAGCAAAGAGGAGUGUCUGUCUGUCAAGAAAGAGCUACGCCAUCUUUUCUUUUCAUCCAAUUUUUUUUUGUUGUUAUUUAUGGUUUUUGGAGAGAAGUCAGGGUGAGGGACGGGGACAUGCAAAGACUCGUCGACGCAAAGACAGUCGGGUACUGUUUUGUCGCUUCUCACUCAUCGCUCCGUGCUCUCGGUACGACGCAGAUGCCACUUUUUUCUUUGUCGCUCUCAUUCUCAUGGCCGGAUCGAUACACGGUGCAAAAACAAACAAACUAAAAAAAAAAAAAAUGAAGUUCCACGUCAUGCACUUCCGUAGCGAGGCGUCUCCUUUCGCGUCCUUUCGAGAAACGGACCAAAAUUUCGGACACGUCUCGCGCUGACGCGCAUGGAACGGGGACACCCGUCUGCAAAAGGUCAAAUCAAACGCGUGACUGUUUCUGUAUAGCAAUUCAUUGUAGCUCCAUGUGGGGACUGGACGAGAGGAUUCUCAGGACUGCACGGCACUCGACUAUGAAGCUUUCAGGCUUGUUUGACCUUUAUUUCACUUUUUUUUUUUGUAUAUAUAUUAUUUUUAUUAGGUUUAAACCUGCACUCCGUAGUUUUUUUUUUUGUUUUGUUUUGUUUUGUUAUUGUUGUUAAUAAGAACGAUAAUGCUUUACCUGUACAAAAAGUUUGCGUAUUUAUUUAGAUCCUUGCUGGAUGUCUGGUUCAGUUCAUUGCACUCAGUUUAAAACAAAAAGAAAGAAUGAAAGAAAGAAUGAAAGAAAGAAAAGCACCCUUCCCACUUUCCCGUCUCCUUUUUACCCAUGAUCCUUUUGACUGUCCUUAUGUAAGUGCAAUAUGUUUUUAUUUCUGUUCGCUUAUCUUUGGGAUAAGUUUCACUUUGACGACGGAUUUUUAUUUGUUGGAAAAAAAGAAAGAAAACGAUUCGACCCGCUCGAAAAACUGAGUUGCAGUUUUUAAGAGAGUAUUUAGUUGAUAUUAAGUGAGUUAUUAACUGUGUACUCCCUGGCAGCAGGCAGCCGGGGCUUUAUGGAUGUAAAUAUAAUUCUUAAGAAAAGAAUAAAAGACAAAAACACAAGGUCUGUUGGGGGAAACAAAAUCCCCCCCGCCACACAGCUGUAUGUAUGUAAAUAGUCAGAUCCUCAAAGCUAUAAUAACGUGUAAUAUUAUCAGAAAGAAAAAAAACAAGUGGAAAGACGUUGGAGCGAAAUCCACCUUUCCCUCGGUCAUACACUGCUUGUAAGGGGUUUACGAAAUGUAUUUUAUCAUUUUCACUGUUUACAACUCGAAAAAACGCAUCUCCUAAAAUAGCAAGUGAAAAAAGACUAAAAGGAAUUAGAGACAAUACUGUUGGUGUCAUUGUAAAAAACAAAAAAAGCAAAAAAAAAAAACAUGAGAGAAGCUAUAAUAAAACAGAUGAAUGAUAAAAAUUGA